AUGUCUCUAGACGAGAAAGGUGAAGAGUCAGGUGAAUGGAGUUUGUCAGUUGAUGGUUCGUCCAAUAUUAAGGGUAGUGGAGCUGGGGUGAUUUUAAAGGGACCAGGUGGCGUAACAAUUGAACAGUCCUUAAAGUUCGAUUUUAAAGCCAAUAAUAAUCAAGCAGAGUAUGAGGCUAUAAUUGCAGGGUUGAGGUUAGCAAUCGAAAUGGGCGUACAAAGCAUCAGGAUCAAGACAGAUUCACAAAUAGUGUCCAGACAAAUCCAAGGAGAGUAUCAGGCGAAGGAUGCACAGUUAGCCAAAUACUUGGUGAAGGCUCAGAAUUUGAUGAAGCAGGUGCCAAAAGUGCAGAUCAACCAUGUUCCAAGGGAAGAGAACACGAUGGCUGACAUCUUGUCAAAGUUAGCAAGUACCAAGAAACCAGGAAACAACAAGUCAGUGAUUUAG